CAUCGUCCUCCUCCAAGUUCCUCUGCAUCGGCUCGCCUCAUCCCCGCUCCUAUAAAUAACCAAGCCCUCCAUGUCCCCUUCACACACGCCCAAGUCCCAAACCCGCUCUGCUACUGAACAAACACACAGCAAGUCAUCAACCUCCUGCCGUUUCAGCGCGCGCCAUGAAGCUGGAGGUCCCGGCGAGGCAGAGGAGCCAGGACGCGGAGCAGAACGACAAGGCCGCGGGCGUCCUCGGCAUUGAGCCAUGGAACCACCCGACGACGAAGCUCCCUUUCCCAGAGGCGGGGGCCGGCGACGACGCCCUGGUGCCGCCGGUCAACUUCGCCAUGGUCGACGACGGCAUCUUCCGCUCGGGCCUCCCCGACGCCGCCAACUUCAGCUUCCUGCUCUCCCUCAACCUGCGCUCCAUCGUGUACCUGUGCCCGGAGCCGUACCCGGAGGAGAACGCGCGGUUCCUGGAGCAGAACGGGAUCGAGCUUCACCAGUUCGGCAUCGAAGGGAGCAAGAGUGGUCUGACAAUGCCGGAAACCCUGUUGCUAGGGGAACCACUCGUCUACAUCCCUGAAGAAACGAUCCGGGAGGCUCUCAAAGUUAUUCUUGAUGUAAGAAACCAGCCGGUCCUCAUCCACUGCAAGAGAGGCAAGCACCGGACUGGCUGCGUCGUCGGGUGCCUGAGGAAGCUGCAGAAGUGGUGCCUGUCCUCGGUCUUCGACGAGUACCUGCACUUCGCGGCGGCGAAGGCCAGGAGCACUGAUCAGAGGUUCAUGGAGCUGUUCGACGCAUCGAGCCUGGACGAGGCGCCGCAGGCGAAGCCCGCUCCAAACCAGGAGGCGGAGGGGAAGGGCGCGAAGCCGUCGUCGAGCGAGGACAAGAAGCCGGGCGCACCCUUCCAGCGCACCUGGUCGACGGACGACGAGGUCCGCAUCCUGGAGGCCCUGGCCGCGCACCGCCGUGAGCACGGCACGCUGCCGCAGGUCGACGCUCUCGCCGCCACGCUCGCUGGCACCCUCGACAACAGUGGCAGCAGCAUCGCGUUGCUGCAGGGUAAGCUCAAGAGCCUGAAGCGCCGGUACAGCUUGGCUGCCAAUAAGGGCGAGCGACCGAGCAAGGAUCACGACCGCCGGCUCUUCGACCUCUCCAAGAGCGUCUGGGGCUCCACGACCGCGGCGGCGAACGGCGGCGCGCGGAGGGAGGUCGCCGAGAUGUGCGAGCUGUACCCGUACCUAGCGGAGGAGGUGAAGGCGCUGCAGAAGGCGCACCCGGGCUUGUUCAAGCGGGAGUUCGGGAUGAUAGACGAUGACAAGGCGCGCGCGCUGGACACGAAGAUCAAGAGGCAGAGGCUGCAUCAGGCUAAGGUGAUUCAGCGCCGCUGCGACCUGAUCAAGGAAGUGACCAAGACGCUCAUAGAUCUGGUCGAGAGCACUAUCUAGGCAUUCCUGUUUAUGGCCGUUGAAGUGCAUUGGUGAUCGAUUACCUGCGAAUUCUGUAUCCAGUAGCUGAACCUCCUGCGAAUUUGGCACCUUGAUGGGUGUCGAAUGUGUUUUGUGUCAGUGAUGGCGAUCGACUUGUUUGAGCGUCCGUGUUUGAGUCAGGACUCAGGAAAUGCCUGCAUUGUGGUUCUGUUGAGGAAGAAUGUUUUGGUGUGGUUUAUGAACUUGGCGGAAAAGUUUUGGUUAUGCGGUUUGAGCUCA